UGUGUGUCUGUGCAUGACUGACGAAAGAAAAAAAAAUAGUCCUAAUGCAAAAACAACAACAAACAUCUUAACAUUUACGUUUGCGUCGUGAAACAGCUGUUAUUGAUCUCUCUCUCUCUCAAUUCAGCACGUCUCUGCCGAUUCAGCAUACCGCUCUCUGAUUUACGCGCUGAAUGCUCAAAAAGUAAAAAAAAAAGAAAUAGAAAUUAAUAACAGUGAAGCGUUCGUUUCAUUUCGCUUGCGCUGCUCAACGUGAACGGACGUGUUCGGGCAAACCUAUCCGCCUGUCGUUAGCGUAUGAUAAAUAAAACUAAACUGCACGCGUGUUUUUGCAUAUAAAUAAAGACUGAACCAACAACAAAAAACAAACAAGCAAAACACAAACUCAAUUUGCAGCUUAAAUAGUUUACGAAAAUAAACAAGACUGAUUAAACAAUACAAUAAACGGAAAAUAAUUGAAUUACGGGUGCGACACAGCAACAAAAAAUUAUAAAACAUCAACAAAACUAAACCGAAAACAAAUUCCAAAUAAAAAACAAUAUUUAUAAAACCRCAGCAGCAGCAACAUAUGGAUUAACGUUCCUCUUAUACACACAACCACACACACACUCUCGGAUAAACAGCAGCUUUAAUUACAGUUAAACGCUGUCUAUUUCUCACUUCUUGGAUUACCAGUGCCAAUUCAAACAAAAAAAAAAAAAAAAAAAAAGAAAGAAAGAAAAAAAAAAAAAAAAAAUUGUCAAAGUCUAAGUGCAGUGAAAAGCUCUAAAGAGAAGAAGAAAAAAUGAAAUGCUGAAAAAUUAAGCAAAGCGUAAACAAAAACAAAAAUAAAGCUUUAAAUCUUGUGUGUGUUGAACAGAAAACCAACAAGUAUAAAAUGACGAUGGCUGCGUGUUAUGCUAAUUACGACAUGUCCUCCAUGUCGUCUCUUUCGCACAGCAUGUCGGCGGCGCUGCAACAGCAGCAGCAGCAACAACAACAGCUGCAGCAACAACAGCACCAUCAACAGCAGCAUCAGCAACAACAGCACAUGUACCAUGCUGCAGUUGCGGCGCAUCAACAACAGUUGCUGCAACAGCAACGCCAACAACAACAGCAGCCACCCGCCAACAAUAACAACAACAAUGGACGCCAUGCAGUUGGGACACAGGUCACUGCUGCUAGCAGCCAGCGCGGCAGCAAUGUCUCAGCAACAGCUGCUGGCAACGGCGCCAGCAGCAGCAGCGCCAACAACAACAGCAGCAGCAGUGGCAGCAGCAGCUCAGUCAGCAGCAACAAGGACUACAGCAUUCCGUUGCACGUCGACUGCAGCGUCGAGUACGAGCUGCCCAAUCAGCCAAAGCCGCCCGCCGGGCAGCGCGUGGAGCCGCUGCUGAUGAUCCAUCCCUGCUAUUUCCGCAAAAUGGAGUCGCAGCGGCGCAGCCCGUUCGUCAACAAUAUGCAGGCGACGGCGACGGCGAGUGCGCGCAGUGCUGCCAGCAGUGCUGUGAGCAGCGCAGCGGCUUUGGGCAGCGGUGCGGCAACAGUGGCGUCGGCGCCCAGCAGCAGCAGUGCAGCGCGACGCAAGACCCAAAUGCAACAGCAGCAGCAGCAACAACAACAACAGCAGCAGCAGCAACAGCAACAACAACAGCAGCGACAGGCAGCCUACCAGCAGCAGCUACGGCAGCAACAGCAGCAGCAGCAAAUGUCACAAAUGUCGCAGCAGGCGCUGUAUCCAGUGCAGCAGCAGCAGCAACAGCAACAACAGCUGCGACAGCAGCAACAGCAGCAACAACAACAGCAACAUCGCAACCAAAGUCGUCAAAGCCAAAGCCAAARCCACGCAGCAGCCAACUCAGUCGCAGCCGCCGCAGCGGCAGCUGCAGCAGCAGUAGCGACGUCGGCAUCGAGUCAAUGGGAGCAAUUGGCCGCUGCGCUGACGCCACACCAGCAACAGCAGCAGCAGCACUCACACUCACACCCACACGCGCACACACACUCCCACCCACACACACACUCGCACCCACACACGCAUACGCAUCAGCAGCUGCAGCAUGCGGCGUCGCUGUAUUCGGCAAAAAGCAGCAAUGCGGCCGCCUCUGCCAACACCGGCGGCAAACGGGACGCUUUGCUGUCGGGCAGCAGCGGCAACAGCAACAGCUACACCAGCAGCACUGUCAAGCACCAGCAGCAGCAACAGCAGCAUUGCCUGCCUCCGCCUGUGGCGCCUUGGGAUGCGGCGGCAGCGGCGGCGACUGCGCUGCUCAUUGACCGCUCGCCGAUGGCGACUGUUCCUAGCAAUUAUCAGGCCGGUCCUGAGGCCACGCCCAUGCACCGCCUGCCGCCCACGGCGUCGACAGACAAGCUGAGCGGCAAAUACCGCCAAUAUCUACGCACGCAGCAUCGCAUGCAUCCCUACGCAGCAGCAGCGGCGGCGGCCGCCUCCCUCGCAGCAGCAGCGGCCGGCGCCAACUUGGGUCCGGCUUCGUUUGUGCCCUUCGGAACGGCGGCGACGUCGGCGACGGCAGCGGCAGCGCCAACAUUCCAGCAACUGCAGCAAAUCUCCUGCUACAACGUGUGAUCCUCCUCCAACAACAAUAACAGCAACAGCAGCAGCAACAACAACAAUAACUGAGACAGACGCUUACCAAGUAAACGUCAAUGACGUAGAAAACAGAAAGAAAGAAAAAGAAAAUUAACUGCAAAACGCUUUUUGAAUAUCCUGUUAUACUAUUCUCUUAUUCUUUCACUGUAUCCUGUUUUACUGUAGGGCUUGCAAUGUGCCUGGUGUUAAGCAUGUAAACGAAACGAACGGCAUGACAAUAAAAAGAAACGUGCAUAGCCAAAAGAGAGAGCAAAAGCAGAAGCAAAAGAACGGUGCUCUAAGCAUAUGCAUGUGCAUAUGUGUAUCUAUGUCUAUGCAUUGGUAUAGGUAUAACAGCACGCUUAGGGGCCCGAAAAAAGCUUCGCUGAGUGCAGUGUGCAGUGUGCGUGUACGGCGGCAUUUGAUUUGCUUCGCUUUCUAUUUGAGAACAUGAGAACAUAAGAGUAAAACAGAAUUGCAAUUGUGAUAAACUGAAAAGGAAAAGA